AAAGGGGGAGCAAAGACCGAAAGAGACCCAGAGAGAUACAGCUUGAGAGGAGAAAUAAUUAAAGGGGGAGGGCGACCGGGAGGAGAAAAAGGACUGGGAGGAAAGAGAGAUAAAGAGAAUCGGAGGGCAGGGAAGUGAGUUUGUGCGCGUGAGUGUGCGCGCGCGCGCGUGUGUGUGUGCAGGGGAGGGCGCGGGCGGGCGCGGGCGGGCGGGGGGCGGGCUCCCGGGCUCCCCUCCUCCCCAGCCCGCUCCUCUGGCUCGCUCGCCAACUCCGGGCCCCAGCCGCGGGCGGGCGCACGGCGGGCGGACAGCAUGCUGAGCCUCCUCGUCUGGAUCCUCACUCUCUCCGAUACUUUCUCCCAAGGGACCCAGACCCGCUUCAGCCAGGAGCCGGCUGACCAGACGGUGGUGGCUGGACAGCGGGCCGUGCUCCCCUGUGUGCUGCUCAACUACUCUGGAAUUGUGCAAUGGACCAAGGACGGGCUGGCCCUGGGCAUGGGCCAGGGCCUCAAAGCCUGGCCACGGUACCGGGUCGUGGGCUCCGCAGACGCUGGGCAGUACAACCUGGAGAUCACAGAUGCUGAGCUCUCUGACGACGCCUCUUACGAGUGCCAGGCCACGGAGGCCGCCCUGCGCUCUCGGCGGGCCAAACUCACCGUGCUCAUCCCCCCAGAGGACACCAGGAUUGACGGAGGCCCUGUGAUUCUACUGCAGGCAGGCACCCCCCACAACCUCACAUGCCGGGCCUUCAAUGCGAAGCCUGCUGCCACCAUCAUCUGGUUCCGGGACGGGACGCAGCAGGAGGGCGCUGUGGCCAGCACGGAAUUGCUGAAGGAUGGGAAGAGGGAGACCACCGUGAGCCAACUGCUUAUUAACCCCACGGACCUGGACAUUGGGCGUGUCUUCACUUGCCGAAGCAUGAACGAAGCCAUCCCUAGUGGCAAGGAGACUUCCAUCGAGCUGGAUGUGCACCACCCUCCUACAGUGACCCUGUCCAUUGAGCCACAGACGGUGCAGGAGGGUGAGCGUGUUGUCUUUACCUGCCAGGCCACAGCCAACCCCGAGAUCUUGGGCUACAGGUGGGCCAAAGGGGGUUUCUUGAUUGAAGACGCCCACGAGAGUCGCUAUGAGACAAAUGUGGAUUAUUCCUUUUUCACGGAGCCUGUGUCUUGUGAGGUUCACAACAAAGUGGGAAGCACCAAUGUCAGCACUUUAGUAAAUGUCCACUUUGCUCCCCGGAUUGUAGUUGACCCCAAACCCACAACCACAGACAUUGGCUCUGAUGUGACCCUCACCUGUGUCUGGGUUGGGAAUCCCCCCCUCACUCUCACCUGGACCAAAAAGGACUCAAAUAUGGGGCCCAGGCCUCCUGGCUCCCCACCCGAGGCUGCUCUCUCUGCCCAGGUCCUGAGUAACAGCAACCAGCUGCUGCUGAAGUCGGUGACUCAGGCAGAUGCUGGCACCUACACCUGCCGGGCCAUCGUGCCUCGAAUCGGAGUGGCUGAGCGGGAGGUGCCGCUCUAUGUGAACGGGCCCCCCAUCAUCUCCAGUGAGGCAGUGCAGUACGCUGUGAGGGGUGACGGUGGCAAGGUGGAGUGUUUCAUUGGGAGCACACCACCCCCAGACCGCAUAGCAUGGGCCUGGAAGGAGAACUUCUUGGAGGUGGGGACCCUGGAACGCUAUACAGUGGAGAGGACCAACUCAGGCAGUGGGGUGCUAUCCACGCUCACCAUCAACAAUGUCAUGGAGGCCGAUUUUCAGACUCACUACAACUGCACCGCCUGGAACAGCUUCGGGCCGGGCACAGCCAUCAUCCAGCUGGAAGAGCGAGAGGUGUUACCUGUGGGCAUCAUAGCUGGGGCCACCAUCGGCGCGAGCAUCCUGCUCAUCUUCUUCUUCAUCGCCUUGGUAUUCUUCCUCUACCGGCGCCGCAAAGGCAGUCGCAAAGACGUGACCCUGAGGAAGCUGGAUAUCAAGGUGGAGACAGUGAACCGAGAGCCACUUACGAUGCAUUCUGACCGGGAGGAUGACACCACCAGCGUCUCCACAGCAACCCGGGUCAUGAAGGCCAUCUACUCGUCGUUUAAGGAUGAUGUGGAUCUGAAGCAGGACCUGCGCUGUGACACCAUCGACACCCGGGAGGAGUAUGAGAUGAAGGACCCCACCAAUGGCUACUACAACGUGCGUGCCCAUGAAGACCGCCCGUCUUCCAGGGCAGUGCUCUAUGCUGACUACCGUGCCCCUGGCCCUGCCCGCUUCGACGGCCGCCCCUCAUCCCGUCUCUCCCACUCCAGCGGCUAUGCCCAGCUCAACACCUAUAGCCGGGCCCCUGCCUCUGACUAUGGCCCUGAGCCCACACCCCCUGGCCCUGCUGCCCCAGCUGGCACUGACACAACCAGCCAGCUGUCCUACGAGAACUAUGAGAAGUUCAACUCCCAUCCCUUCCCUGGGGCAGCUGGGUACCCCACCUACCGACUGGGCUACCCCCAGGCCCCACCCUCUGGCCUGGAGCGGACCCCAUAUGAGGCGUAUGACCCCAUUGGCAAGUACGCCACAGCCACUCGAUUCUCCUACACCUCCCAGCACUCGGACUACGGCCAGCGAUUCCAGCAGCGCAUGCAGACUCACGUGUAGGGGCCAGAGCCUGGCUGGGGCAUCUCUGCGGGGCAGAGGAGAAGGCUUUCACAGCUGUUCCCUGAUAUUCAGGGGCAUUGCUCAUUGCUCCCUUCUCAGACCAGCCUUCUUCCUCCCACCAUGGCAGGUGGGGAGCAGGUCUCCCAGAAACACCCCGUCCCGAGGAUGGUGCUCUGUGCAUGCCCCAGCCUCCUGGGCCUGCCCUUCCCUCUUCUUCGGGAGGAUGUGUCUCUUCUGACCUGCACUCUUGCCUGACCCUAGAAUGGGGACAGGGAAAGUAAAGGUUAGGGAAAGCAGAGGGGGCACUUUUUAGCAUUCCCUUUCUAUCCCACCCCUCUGAUCUCCCAUAAGUGGAAAUGGGGGUACCCAGGGAUGGGCAGGCUUUGGCCUAGGGACAUGAAGUAUGGGAGUGGGUGGCUGUGGCACAGACAGGUGGAAAACGGGAUAGACUGGCCAGUCCCUCUGUUGUCUGCAUUCGUGCCCUGGGUGCCUGUCUCCUUCCUCAGGGUACUGCAGAAGGGAGCUUGGAUUUAUGUUCGCUCUUGUCUACAGAACAGCCCUGGCACUGCAUUCAAAUCCAGUCUUCAUUCAGCUGGGAUCAAAAUGCCAGUCACCUUGGCUACCCACUGUGGACAGCUGUCUGUCAGCAUGCAGAGGGAUCCAGGAAUCCCCCCGGCAGCACGGCCCGCUUUCCUUCUCCUCCAUGCUGGGCCAGCCAGAUAAGUCAGGGUCCUGGUGGAGAAAGAAAGGCUAGGACCAUGUCCUGAUUGACCCAGAUACUGCUGUGUGCUGCACAGCAGUGAACCAACACUAGAGGGAGCCACACAAGCCUCCUCUCCCCAAUCUGCCCCACUUCCUGGCUUUAACUCUUGAGCUGGUUUGGGGAGUGGUGAGGUAGGGGUGGGGGUGCUGUAGGCUCUUUUUCAAAGAAAACAAAAAACAAUGAAAACCUCAUUUGGGAAGAAAAGCUGUAGGGAUUCCCCCACCCAAAUACAAGUCCCAGUGGAAAGGAAAGGUAGUACCUAUUCUUCUCCAUGGGGUUCCUAACACCCUCCAUUACUCUUUCAGUCUCCAAGCACUUUGAAUCCAUUUUUAAACAUUCAGGUUGCCAGACCUGUCACACAGUGGGCUCCGAUAGGGUUACGGAGGGGGCCUGGCUCUCAGUCUCUACUCUCCUAUGUCCCAUCAGUUGGUUGGAGGCCACCUUCCAGGGGGUAUGGGAGACAGGUUUUGGUUUUUAAGUGUCUUUUUUUUUUUUUCUUGGACCAAUCAGAUUCCUUCUUCCACUUUCAGUGCCUUGAGUGUCAAGCUUUGGAUGACCGACCCUAUGUGGGUGGUUGUGCGGGGAGUGGGUACUUGUGAGCCUCGGACACACUGUUAAGUGUUACAGUGUUAGGAGAGAGAUGGGUGAGGGGACCUGGAGAGGUAAGGGGCCUGGAAAUGGCCCUGACGGAGAACUUGUGCUGACCGGGAGAAGGUGGCGCGGAAGGGCACCGCAGGCAUUCCACGGGCCAUUUCUCCUCCUCCAUGUGCACGCACAUCCAACACACACCUUCCAUGUGACCGCUUCUCAGCCACCACCUUCUGACCAAAGAGAACAGGCGCUCCAAGGAGAACCUGUACCCCUGCCCCAGCCUCGCCUUCCUAAGAAGCAGUGUCUGGAGUUGGCUGUUUCCCGCCUCCCCAGCUGCAUGUCCAGCCCAGUGGGAGACAGGGCCUCUGGUGCAGUUCCCAAAAUGUUCCUCGCCCUUUCUCCGUGGUCACCAUUCAUAAUUCAUGUUCGCUUUAAUGAGUUACAUGCUUAUCAGCCACAGGCCAUUACCACCCUUACGGAUGGGUCUGGGGGGUGACAUUCCUGGCCAACCCCUUGCUAGGAAGGACCAGAUAAUACCCAGGAAGCAAGUAGCUCUAAUUUUAACUUCGCAGGAAGUCUCUGCAUCCUCCUUCAUUUCAGCAGGGAAAACUCCUGUGGAGUGGGCCCUAUCUGGGGCAUUUACAGGCUUCCAGCUGUAUUCCAUCCCUGGAAGCUGAUACCUUUCUAUAGAGUCCUUUUAUGAGAGCUCAGUGGGAAGGUCUGUCAAGAAAUUCGGGUUCUUGUACAGACAAAUUCAUGCAAAUUUCUAUUAUUUUCACAAAAACCAGAAACCAUGGGGAAUCCAAAGACUUGAAGUCUAAAGAUGGUGGCUUUUUAAACAUGCAUAUUCCAAAAAGAAUUCAUUUUUGUUUUGGGUUUGGCUAGAUUCUUUUAUUUAUCCCCUUUUAGCUUAAGUAUUAGUUUCAUUCUACUGAAAUGAUGGAGAGAGGGCCUAAGGUUACUAGGUAAUUGAGCUGAUGGUGCAGGGAGAAUUGUUGAGAAAGGAAGCCUAGUUUCCAGAAGCCUGACACAGAGCUACUUCACUGUCCUCUACUCCUUAACAAGUUAACUGGAGCCUCUUGGGUGUCAAACAAACACCCUGGAAGGCACAGGGAAGCAUCAGCAACCAAGGUAGUCUCUGCCCUCUGUAACUUACAUGUUGGUGCAUCAGAAUCUGAAUUGGAACCUACCUGAUGGGCCCAGUGGAAUAGCUUUUCUGGGGAGUGGAAGGCGUCCUUGAUCACAGGGCUUUGCUGUCGAAUCCUGGAGUCCUGCAACAUGGUGAUGCCUCAGUAGUUGGUGAUCCUGAUCACCUUUGGUGGCUUGUUUUAGUGGAAAGAGCAAGGGACUAAAGGUCAGGAGACCCAGGACCCAGUCCUGAAGCUGUGAAGGUUAGAUCUCGGCCUAACUUUCUGUUCAUUGCCCCCAAUUUGUCUGGCCUGUAAAAUGAAGGGGGAGGGUUGCAUAAACCUAAAACUAUUCUGGUUUUGUUAUACCCAUAGGGCUGGGGGUAGGGAUGGGACUGCCCAUUGCUGGCAAGGAGCUGGGAACAGUAGCAAGCAUGGUGAGGGCUGGAGAGCUGGCUGGGGGGGUUCUCUCCUGUUCAAAGAAGCUUUCACCAUGGGCUUCAUUAUCUUGUCAGAAGUGAAUUAGUUUCCACCAGGGACCCCUUUAUCCCAAACAGCAACACAAAAUACACCCUAAACCUCAGAGUAAAAUUGAUGUGGGGCUAUCCUUUGGCUAUCGGGUCAUCUGUGCUGCUCCCCACUCAUUUCUGAUGGGUUUGCAAAGGUGUCUUUUGCCAGGGCAGGACAUAGUAUGCACAUACGGAUAUUGUUAUGUGCCUAGGUUUCAGGCACUCCUUCUGUAGGGGAAAAUGGGAGGAGCCUUCCUCCACCCUGAUCCUUAGGAACAUUCCUCUGGCCCAGGGACAGCUUGUUCUUCUCACCAAACAGGUGAAGCCUGCAGUCCAAGGUGCCUGGAGCCAGAGGUCGGGGAGUAAGCACAGCUGCCCCUGCCUGAGAAGGAGCAGCUUGCAAGGGGAGCCGGUGGAGGGAAAGGGGUAUAACAGCUUUGGAAUACAUUCUGGAUCUUGAGGAGGAUCUUGUGAUUUUGGCUGAGCCACGGUCACUUCCCUCGUGAAGGACCCGCCCUAUAUCCUAAAUUUUGGAUCCCUCAAAGUCCAGCCACAGAGUUUGCAUGAAGCAAAAAGCCUAGUAAGUGAGAAAGGAAAGGGGCCAGGGAUGGGAGCAGUGCUGUGCUCUUAUCACUGUCUUGCUUGGAAUAAAAACAUCUGUUUGAGCACCCUGUC